UUUUAACACACACUAAUGCAUCACCAGCUCUGCAAAUACACGCACACACACCUGUCCUCCUGUCUGUUAAAUAGGAAGUUGAAGCUGGAGAACGAAUUGGUGGCCCAGCUGUGGAGGGUUUCCUGGGAAGACAUCCAGAUGAGUAACCUGGAAAAGUCCUUGAGGAGAACUUGCAGCAGACUCACCUUUUCCCUGAAAGGAUCAAACUAUGGUUCUCUGAUGACCAUGGAAGGGAACGUUCAGAUCUACACCAAAACCGGAUACCUCAAGGGUAAUCUGGCAGCGAUCAAGUACAUAAACAAGAAGCGCAUUGACCUGACGAGAGAGGUUCUGUUUGAGCUGAAGCAUAUGCGAGACGUUCAUAACGAACAUCUGACUCGUUUUAUUGGUGCCUGCCUUGAUCCUCCACACAUGUGCAUCAUCACAGAGUAUUGCCCCAGGGGCAGCCUUCAGGAUCUGAUGGAGAGCGAUGGCAUUACUCUGGACUGGAUGUUCAGAUACUCGCUCAUCACUGAUAUCGUCAAGGGAAUGGUGUUUCUCCACAACAGCGUCAUUGUAUCCCACGGCAACCUGAAGUCCUCCAACUGUGUGGUGGACAGUCGGUUUGUGCUGAAGAUUACAGACUACGGACUGCAGAGUCUGCGGACCUGCAACUAUCCCGAGGACUCGUACGCCUACUACGCACGAAAACUGUGGACCGCUCCUGAGCUCCUGAGGGAGGAGUGUCCGCCUGCCUGCGGGACCCAGAAGGGGGAUGUCUACAGCUUUGGCGUGAUCCUUCAGGAGGUUGCUCUGCUAAAGGGAGUCUUCUACCUCGACUCACACUCCUUCUCUCCUAAAGAGAUCAUCCAGGCAGUGAUUCAGGGUGGCGCCCCCCCUCUGCGGCCCUCCCUCUGCUUCCAUAGUCACAGCGAGGAGCUCGGGGUCCUCAUGCAGCGCUGCUGGAGCGAAGAACCGAGCGAGAGGCCCGACUUUAACACCAUUAAGAUCCUCCUGAGAAAGCAGCACAGAGGUUAUGGUUCCAACAUCCUGGACAACCUGCUUUCUCGUAUGGAGCAGUACGCCAACAACCUGGAGGAGCUGGUGGAGGAACGAACUCAGGCAUACAUCGAGGAGAAACGCAAGGCCGAGGCUUUGCUCUACCAGAUACUACCACACUCCGUGGCCGACCAGCUAAAACGAGGCGAGACUGUUCAGGCCGAAGCGUUUGACUCGGUCACCAUCUACUUCAGUGACAUCGUUGGCUUCACUGCUCUGUCUGCUGAGAGCACACCAAUGCAGGUUGUGACGCUAUUAAAUGAUCUCUAUACAUGCUUUGAUGCCAUCAUCGACAACUUUGAUGUUUACAAGGUGGAGACAAUCGGAGAUGCCUACAUGGUGGUGUCAGGUCUGCCAGUCAGGAACGGUAAGCAGCACGGGCGGGAGGUCGCCCGGAUGUCUCUGGCUCUACUGGAUGCAGUCAAGAGCUUCACAAUUCAACACCGGCCUGAUCAGAAGCUUCGGCUUCGCAUCGGCAUUCACAGUGGGACUGUGUGUGCAGGCGUGGUUGGCUUAAAAAUGCCACGGUACUGUUUGUUUGGAGACACAGUCAACACUGCGUCACGCAUGGAGUCCACAGGCGAGGCCUUAAAGAUUCACGUGUCGGAGGCGACUCGUCAGGUCCUGCUGGAGUUCAGCUGCUUCCAGCUACAACUCAGAGGGGAAAUCGAAGUAAAGGGCAAAGGACGCAUGAGGACAUACUGGCUGCUGGGAGAAAAUGAGAAGAAAUGACCUAGAUCUGAUGGCUGGGAGUCAAUUGUGUCCCGUUUCUCCAGUCGGAUGGAUGUUUCUGACAACAGUCCAGAAGACAAAUUAGCAACUGACUCAUCCAACCUGGUUUCACCAGACAUAAACUGUUGAAAUGAACAGAUACAAACAAGACAAAUGUUUUACUGUAAGAUAAAACAUCCAAAAGUAAGUUAUGUAAAUACAAAAUAAAAUGGGUAUUGUUACUUUUG